ACAUUGUUUAUUUACUUCCGUAAGCAUGUCUCGUCAACUUGUACUUUUCAACAUUAGCUUUUCUUUUUUAGUUACAGUUGUGGCUCUUCUGCCUUUAUUAGGUGCUCUUCUUUGUAUCAUUUUAUCGCUUUUAUUUAACUUUAGAGAAUCUACUUGGACGCAUUGUCGCGUAUCUAAUUACUUACCAUCCAUAAGCUCAGCAAUUGGAGGAUAUGCUCCACAAAAGUAUAUAUGGAGGAUAUGCAUAGCUCUUCAUGCUGCACCAAGACUACUAUUUGCUUUCUCAUAUUUUGGUUAUUACACAAGCUUCCAUGUUGGAAAGUACAGCACACUAUAUAAGCAUCUUGCAAGACUCUGUGUUUUCUUGCAUGUAGUGGAGAUUUCUGCUUUAGUUACUCUUACCUAUGUGUCCUCUACUGAUAAUUAUGCUGUGCACGAGAACAUGUUUAUUGCCUUCAUGGUGUGUUCCGAAAUUUACAUGUUAUUAUCAUGCAUUCUUUAUAAAUGGGGUCACAUAAGUAAUGGACGUGUCAUGACAAAAACAGAACUCAUGUCCUACCAGUACAAAAAAAGACUUUUUGUCUUCAAUGUUAUCAUGUUUUUGACAGCGGUUUACAUGUUUUUCCGCCAUGAGUGGUACUGCGAAACUGGAGUGUACUCCAUAUUUGCACUAUGCGAAUACCUAGUAGUAUUUUCCAAUAUAGCAUUCCACUACACUGCCAAGUACGACUUCACAGAUCAGCAGAUGUCAUUAGCUGGAGGGGAGAACGAGGAAAGUCAUAAAGAAAUGUAAGCCCCGCCUUCAACCCAAAGACUGUUUCGGCUACUAUCAUGCCAUUCAGUGUGACUGAUGAGUGUGUCAAGUGACCAGCACACUUGACCAGAUGCUUCUGUAACUGGUAAUGAACAGUGUGAAUUCACAUAUCAGCGCUGUGUUGCAUGUGUACCAGUAGUUUAGUUCUAUUGAGAUCAAAUGAAUGUAAAUAUCACUCAAUGAAUGUUUCAUUUACUUCACGAAGAACUGUUAUUAGAGAUACACAAUAUAUUUUGUCAUGUAUUACAGUAUUAAUGAUGUGUUAAAAUCAGUGUAAGGCUCAUCGACCUCAUAAAGAUCAACCUUGUAAUAGUUGUGAGAUGACGAAUGCUUAAUAAAGAGUGCCAAAAUGUG